UCUGUUGUUUUUUUUCUUUCUCUUUUCUUCAUUUGUUUCUCUCUCUCUCACGAAUGAACGAUGAAAAAAAACCUCUUCACAUGAAUCGAUUUAUCAAAAGGGAAUCAAAAUCAAGGAGAAGAAACCAAAUCGGAAAUAGCAGCAGAAGACACUAUAGGAAUCGAUUUUGAGUUUUUUUUCGAGUUUGAAGUCAGAGGAGAAACAUUCUCAUGGGUAUCUUAGUGGAAGAAGGGUUUUGAUGGCUGAUGCUAUGAUUUUGCCUUGCGGACACACUUUUGGAGCUGGAGGAAUAGAAUAAGUUAAACAGAUGAAAGCUUGAUGUACAUGUUCACAGCCCGUCUCUGAAGACUCGAUAACUCCAAAUCUCUGUGAGUAAAAUCACUUGUGUUCAUGAUUUGGUAUUUGGUUGUCUCAGCGGAUGUCUUGUAAUCAUUCCUCAUUUGCUGUGGCAGAUCGAGUUAUAAUAAAGGGAAAUAAGAGGACACCACCUCGUUUCGUUGGCCGUGAAGCUGUUGUUAGACCUCAAGCUGCAGACUUGAUUUGGACGUAUCAUAUGGUGAAGAAGGACGAAAACAUAAACCGGCUUGAAAACAAUCUCGAAGAAGCUGCUAAAGACUUGGCUACAUUACCAAAAGUGUUGGAGGAAAGAGAAGAGAUGUGGAAGGAAGUGAAGGAACGCAGAAAGCAAAACAUGGAUUUGGAGUCAGAGAAGGACAUGUUGAAGAGCAAGGUAGAGAAACUGGAAGAGGACACACUCUUUAAGAAAGGUCAGAUCACGAUACUAAAAGACACGCUUGGAAGCAGGCAUUUUGAUCUUCUUCUCUCCAGUCCUGAGUUCUCAUAUAAUGAUUUCUUAGUCUCAUAAGACAACACAAUAAAUAAAAUGUAUAUAUAGUUGUCUGUUUCUCGUAUUCUUGUUUCUAUCUUUGUUACAAAAUACAUGCAUAAGCAGUGGGAUUGACUCUAUUAGAGUAUGACCGGUUAUGAGCUUUGGUUUAA